GACCUUAAUGCAACAUUGAAUAUCAUUUGGAAUGGAGGAUCAAAAGCCUCAGCCUGGCUCAGAGAUAAGCUUGACAGCAUGAAGUUUGCACUCCCUGCAAUCUACCAGCCAUCCAGCCUCAUUCCACUGCAUUUGUGGAGGGCUUCCCCAGCGAUGACAAAUGGAAACGAGCAAGCACACUGCAAUGCCUAUCAUGAAGGUGUUCAUCUAACACUGCUUGCCAGUCUCAUGAAAGGAAUGAGGUUUGAC